CGAUAGAUGGAGAAACCGGAGGCAGCGAGUAUAUAAUCUGCAUCCCAUCGUCUAAACUUCAAAGGCCUCGACAUCUCUGAAGCCAGACAACAAUCAGAUUAGGUUGUUUCAUUUUAAGGUUGAUCGAUUGUUGAUAAUGGAGAAGGAAGGGCAGAAGAUUGUGGUGGCGGUUGAUGAGAGCCAAGAGAGCAUGUACGCGCUUUCAUGGUGUCUCAGCAAUCUCAUUUCUGACACCAGCAACAACAUACUCGUCCUCCUCUACGUCAAGCCAUCCCCUUCUGUUUACUCCUCCUUCGAUGUUCCAGGGAAUAUAUUUUCAAGUGAUGCUAUUGGGGUCAUGGAAAAGUUCGGCAGAGACCUGGCUGCUUCAGUAAUGGAAAGAGCUGAAGCCAUCUGCAGAAACAUCGACACCGGCAACAUCAAGAUGCAGAGAGUUAUUGGGAGUGGAGAUGCCAAGAAUGUAAUAUGCAGCGCUGUGCAGAAACUCAAAGCUGACACCUUAGUCAUGGGAAGCCACGGUUAUGGCUUCUUUAAGAGGGCCCUCCUCGGAAGCGUUAGUGAAUACUGUGCCAAGCAUGCUAAGUGUCCUGUUGUCAUUGUGAAGCACCCAUAAUCAAAUUACAUUCCUUCUUACGCUUUUUUCAAGAAGUAGGCUCCUAGGCAUGCUUAUCGAACACAAAUUUCAAAUCUGUAUAACUCGCCUUUGCAUUAAUAAAACUGGCUGUUGGUGGAAAAAUAUACAAGUUGGAAUAUGUGGGUCUUUACUUGGAGUCGACGAGACAGCAGCUUUCCUUGUUUCAAAAUUUCGUAGUGUUACAGAGUACUUGUAAAAUUAACCCAGAAAAAGAGAGAGGGUGCUCAAAAGCAAAC